GGCUGACGCGUAUUUCCCGAGAAGUCGAGACACUGGGUCUCGAAGGGUGGGUAUUUGUCGUACUGGAAAGGGCGGUGCUUAGCCGACGCAUGCGAUACGGGUCGCUCGCGCCUUGGUUUGACGCGGUAGAAGGUGGGCUUUCUACCGGAACCUGGGAUAUGGGUACAGGGAAAAGACGGGAGGGGCCCGCAGCUUCAGAGGAAAAACGAGCGUAGGGGUCAAAGGUCGGCGACGGAUAAACAAGCGGGGGUUGGUCUGAUGGCACCGCGUUCGCGAAGACAUUUGCGUAAUCUGGUGAUAUUCUUGAUAAAUCAAGGGCACGCUGCUUCUCUACGUCCCGCUGUUGGUCUGCAGUUGAAGGAGGGAGAAACGCAAAGAGGUCCUCUGUGUCGCUUUCUUCUUCCUCUUCCUCCUCGAUAUAUGCAUUGUCAUAGGUAUACUGAUGGUCACGGUCAAAUGCACCUGCGGAAGUUGGAGGACGAGCUGAGGAUGAACGGAAAGCCGAAGCUGUGAAGGGGCGAGAGCCCCCAGCUGAAGAGGUUGGCCUGCCGGACAUUACUCAGAAGAGUUCCGGGAAAUAUGACCUUUGAACGCCAAGGAGGUAUCUUUGGGACGUCGUCGAUAAGUUGCUCGGCGUCGUUGAGGACGGUGAACAAGACGACGGGUGGGGGAUAUGAGGGUAUAUGACAAGGGAAGGGACUUGGAGGGAAAGGACUUGUGGGAGGACUGAAAGUGGACCGCUACUAGAGGAUCACCA